AUGCAACUGAAGUAUACACAUGCAGAAUCCAUGCAAGACGAAGUCACUGAAAUAGAUUCUGGGGACUCUUCCGAUUAUGUUCCAUCAUCAAAUGCCUCAGAUUCAGAUGACUUCGAACAAUGUCCAAAUAAAAUAGGUUUGCAGUCUUUUAGCGGUACCAAUGCCGAGGACAAAGCCCUCCUUUUUGGAACAAAAAUUCAAAAGAAACAAGUGAUGACACAAAAAGAAGAACAGCCAGAAAAUGCUUACCAACAUACCUUAUUCAUUACGAAUGCAAAAUUUGCAAAUUUGGCCAAAAUGUGCGAAGACGGCACUAUUCCUGCCAUUCACCAUCAUUUUUAUAGAGGUCUAAAGCUGGACGCAAACAAAAAAGAUAGGUUACCGGAACCCAAAUUUGAUGAAGAGUCCGACUAUGAAUAG